AUGCUGCUGUUCGGGGUUGAAAUUCCGUUAGCAUGGAUUCUCACAGCCCCAUUUUUGGCGUGGUUAGUGCACUACGUUUUUUUCGGAUUUGACUUUUUUGCAAAGCAGGGGAUCCCAACUGCUGAACCCGUCUUGCCUUUGGUCGGGAACAUUUGGAAAAUCUGGAAGCGGGAUAAUCUGAAAAUUGAAGUAGACCGACUUCAGAAGCUGGGGAAUAUUUACGGGACAUUCGAAGGAAAGAACCCAGUGUAUGUGACAGCAGAUCCUGAAAUCAUCAAAGCAAUCACCGUCAAGGAAUUUGACAAUUUCGUCGACCGCUUGGUUGUAAUCCCAGAACACCAGGAGUACGUGAGAAGGUUCCUUUUCGUGCUUCACGGACAAGAAUGGAAAGACGUUCGCAACGGCGUGUCUCCUGUUUUCUCCUCGGGCAAAAUCAAGGGGAUGUCGAGACUGAUGGAAGAAUGUUGCUCAAGCUUGGUGAAGUUGACGGAACACAGGGCUGCGAAAAACCAGGGGAUAAUUGACCUCAAAAAGCUUUUUGGGUCUUACACAAUGGACGUUAUCGCAAGCUGCGCUUUUGGGACAAAAAUUGACGCUUUGGACGACCCCAACAAUACAUUUAUCGUCAAAAUCCAGAAGGUUUUCCAUGCUCCGAGAAUGACAACGGCAUUUUUCUUCAUUCGACUCUUUCCCUGGAUCACCAAACUUGGAGUUCAAGUUUUCCCAGCUGAAGAAGUGCUUUUCUUUGCCAACCUGGUAAAGGAUAUCAUCGCAACUCGCCGCAAAGAGAAUCAGAAACGUGGUGACGUGCUUGACGUGAUGAUUGAAGAAAUGGACAAAGAAGCAGCUGCUUUGAAGCUUGACCCAACCCGGAAACCCGUGAUGACCGAGGAAGUGAUCGUGUCACAAUGCGUCGUUUUCUUCUUGGCUGGGUUC